CCCAAGUUUACAUAGUAGAACAAUCAACAAAAUGAAAUUCUUCUCAAUUGUUUCCGUGUUUGUGCUCGGUCUUUUGGCUCUGGCCAGUGCCGUUCCCCUCUCGCCCGAUCAUGACAUUAUCAUUAAUGGACAAUGCACAAACUGUGAUGUAGAAAACGGCCAUUGAACUUUGCCCUGUCAGCUGAUAUAAUUAAUUUUAAUAAAACUUAACUAAUGCACGGCAAAUGCUUGAA